AUGAGUGUCCCGUUUGGUGUCGAUUUAGGUAACUACAACUCGGUGAUUGCCUGUGCCAGAAACAGAGGCAUUGACAUUAUCGUCAACGAGGUGUCGAAUCGUGCCACCCCCUCCAUCGUCGGCUUCGGCCCCAAGAACAGAUUCAUCGGUGAAACCGGUAAGAACCAGCAAGGUUCCAACCUUAAGAACACCGCGGAGAACUUGAAGAGAAUCCUCGGGCUUAAGUUCAACGACCCCGAUGUCGAAAUUGAAAAGAAGUUCUUCACCUGCCCUCUCGUUGAAGCCGAAGAUGGCGGUGUCGCCGUCAAGGUCAAGUACUUGGGUAAGGACCACACCUUCAACGCCGCUCAAUUGGAAGGUAUGUACUUGGACAAGUUGAAGGAAACCGCCGCUUUCGAAACCAAGGGUAACAUCACCGACAUCUGUUUGUCCGUGCCCGUGUGGUACAACGUCAAGCAAAGACAAGCCGCUGCCGAAGCCCUGAGAAUUGCUGGCCUCAACCCCGUGAGAAUUGUCAACGAAUUGACCGCCGCCGCUGUCGGUUACGGUGUGUUCAAGCAAAACGACUUGCCCGAAGACGAACCCAAGACCGUCGCGUUUGUCGACAUUGGUCACGCCCAGUACUCCGUUGCCAUUGCCUCGGUGAAGAAGGGUGAGCUCAAGAUUUUGGGUACCGCCUACAACAAGCACUUCGGUGGUCGUGACUUGGACUUGGCCAUUGCCAACCACUUCGCCAAGGAAUUCAAGUCGAAGUACAAGAUCGACAUCCACACCAACCCCAAGGCGUUCUACAGAGUGUUGACUGCCGCCGAAAAGAUCAAGAAGGUGUUGUCGGCUAACACUCAGGCCCCCUUCAACAUCGAAUCGUUGAUGGAUGACAUUGAUGUGUCGUCGCUGAUGACCAGAGACGAAUUGGAAGACUACAUCCAACCCCUUUUGGACCAAGUCCACGUUGUCGUCGACAUGGCCCUCAACCACGCCGGCGUCUCCAAGGACCAAAUUGACUCGAUUGAAGUCAUCGGUGGCUGUACCAGAGUGCCCUCGAUCAAGGAAAAGUUGUCUGAAGCUUUCGGCAAGCCUCUUUCGUUCACCUUGAACCAAGACGAAGCCAUUGCCAGAGGUAAUGCUUUCAUUUGCGCCACUCACUCGCCCACCGUCAGAGUCAGACCUUUCAAGUUCGAAGAUGCCAACCCUUCUUCGGUCUCGUACUACUGGAACAAGGAAGAAGAAGACGAAGACCACCUUGAAGUGUUCCCUCGUGGUGCUGCCUUCCCCUCGACCAAGAUGAUCACUUUGUACAGAUCGGGUGACUUCCAAGUGCAAGCCAAGUACACCGACAACGAAUUGCCCCGUGGUAUUGACACCGACUUGAUUGCCACCUGGAACAUCUCGGGCGUGCAAGUCUCGGAAGGCGAAUCGUCGAUUGCCACCAAGCUUAAGCUCCGCAACGACCCCUCCGGCUUCUACACUAUCGAACAAGCCUACACUGUCGAAGAAAAGAUCGUCAAGGAAUUGAUCGAAAAGGAAGUCAAGGAAGGUGAAGAAGAAGAAGGUGAGGAUGAAGCCGAACCUGAAUACCGUGAAGUGAAGAAGCUCGUCAAGAAGGACGAUCUCUCCAUCCAAGUUGCCGACACUGGUGCUUACUCGGACAAGCAAUUGAACCAAUACAUCGAAGACGAAGCCAAGAUGGUGUCUACUGACAAGCUCGUCAAGGACACCGAGGACCGUAAGAACGCCCUCGAAGAAUACAUUUACGAGUUGAGAGGUAAGCUCGAGGAACAAUACGCUCCCUUCGCUUCCGACGAAGAAAAGACGAAGUUGGGCGACAUGUUGUCGAAGACCGAAAACUGGUUGUACGACGACGGCUACGACUCCACCAAGGGCAAGUACAUUGCCAAGUACGAAGAAUUGGCCGCCAUUGGUAACGUGAUCAAGGGUAGAUACAUGGCCAAGGAAGAAGAAAAGCGUCAAGAAUUGAGACAAAAGCAAGAACAAAAGCAGGCCGCCGCCAUGGCGGAAAAGUUGGCGGCUGACCGCGCUGCCAACGCCAACAAGGAUGCGGAAUGA